CCCGCUUCCUUUCACGCCUUCGCUGCCAGUGGGUGGUUGUGGCCGCUGCGCCCGGAGGGAGGCGGCGGUGGCGGCGAGUAAUGCCUGGGAAACUCCUCUGGGGGGACAUUAUGGAGCUUGAAGCACCCUUGGAGGAGUCGGAGAGCCAGAGGAAGGAGAGGCAAAAGAGUGAUAGAAGGAAGUCAAGGCACCAGUAUGACUCAGAUGAGAAAUCAGAAACAAGAGAAAACGGUGUUGCAGAUGACCUGGAUGCUCCCAAGCCCAAAAAAGCUAAAAUGAAAGAAAAGCUAAAUGGAGACACUGAAGAAGGAUUUAGUAGACUUUCAGAUGAACUCUCUAAAUCUCAUAAGUCACGAAGAAAAGAUCUGCCAAACGGAGAUAUUGAUGAAUAUGAAAAAAAAUCAAAGCGAGUGUCAUCUUUAGAUAGUUCUUCUCAUAAAUCAAGUGAUGAUAAACUAGAGGAGACCCUGACACGUGAACAGAAAGAAGGAGCCUUCUCUAAUUUCCCUAUUUCUGAAGAGACUAUAAAGCUUCUGAAAGGUCGAGGGGUAACAUAUCUAUUUCCUAUUCAAGUUAAGACCUUUGGUCCUGUAUAUGAAGGAAAAGAUUUAAUUGCUCAAGCACGGACAGGAACAGGAAAGACAUUCUCUUUUGCCAUCCCCUUGAUUGAAAGACUCCAAAGAAAUCAAGAAACAAUUAAAAAAAGCCGCUCACCAAAGGUACUUGUUUUGGCUCCAACAAGGGAACUGGCAAACCAAGUAGCCAAAGACUUCAAAGAUAUAACUAGGAAACUCAGCGUGGCAUGUUUUUAUGGUGGGACCUCAUAUCAAAGCCAAAUUAAUCAUAUUCGAAAUGGUAUUGACAUCUUGGUUGGGACCCCUGGUCGUAUCAAAGACCAUCUGCAGAGCGGCCGAUUGGAUCUUUCCAAACUACGCCAUGUUGUGCUUGAUGAAGUGGAUCAAAUGUUAGAUUUAGGUUUUGCUGAACAAGUUGAAGAUAUUAUACAUGAAUCCUACAAAACUGAUUCUGAAGACAAUCCUCAGACUUUACUUUUUUCCGCAACUUGCCCACAGUGGGUAUACAAAGUUGCAAAAAAAUACAUGAAAUCCAGAUAUGAACAGGUUGACCUUGUUGGAAAAAUGACUCAAAAGGCUGCAACUACUGUGGAACAUUUGGCCAUCCAGUGCCAUUGGUCUCAGAGGCCAGCAGUUAUUGGAGAUGUACUUCAAGUCUACAGUGGGUCUGAAGGGAGGGCAAUUAUUUUCUGUGAGACCAAGAAAAAUGUAACUGAAAUGGCCAUGAAUCCGCACAUAAAACAGAAUGCCCAGUGUUUACAUGGGGACAUUGCACAGUCACAAAGAGAAAUUACACUGAAAGGCUUCAGAGAAGGUAGUUUUAAAGUUUUGGUGGCAACUAAUGUGGCUGCCCGUGGUUUGGACAUUCCUGAGGUUGACCUGGUGAUUCAAAGUUCUCCUCCACAGGAUGUUGAGUCUUAUAUCCAUCGCUCUGGACGCACAGGUAGAGCUGGCCGGACAGGAAUUUGUGUGUGUUUUUAUCAACCAAGAGAAAGAGGUCAACUAAGAUAUGUGGAACAAAAAGCAGGAAUUACUUUUAAACGUGUAGGUGUUCCUUCUACAAUGGAUUUAGUUAAAUCUAAAAGCAUGGAUGCCAUCAGGUCUCUGGCUUCUGUUUCUUAUGCUGCUGUUGAUUUUUUCCGACCAUCAGCUCAGAGACUGAUAGAAGAGAAAGGGGCAGUGGAUGCAUUGGCUGCAGCAUUAGCUCACAUUUCUGGUGCAUCGAGCUUUGAGCCACGAUCUUUGAUAACCUCUGAUAAGGGGUUUGUGACCAUGACUCUGGAAAGCCUGGAAGAAAUACAGGAUGUCAGCUGUGCUUGGAAAGAACUUAACAGAAAGCUGAGUAGUAAUGCUGUAUCCCAAAUUACCAGAAUGUGCCUCCUAAAAGGAAAUAUGGGUGUUUGCUUUGAUGUUCCUACAGCUGAGUCAGAAAGGUUACAGGCAGAAUGGCAUGAUUCAGACUGGAUACUCUCAGUGCCGGCCAAAUUACCUGAAAUUGAAGAAUAUUAUGAUGGAAACACAUCGUCUUCUAAAUCCAGACAACGGAGUGGCUGGUCAAGUGGCCGAUUAGGCCGGUCAGGCCGGUCAGGUGGUCGAUCCAGUGGCCGGUCAGGUAGACAGAGUCGACAGGGGAGUCGGUCAGGAAGUAGACAAGAUGGUAGAAGACGAAGUGGGAAUAGAAAUCGAUCAAGAAGUGGGGGCCACAAACGGAGUUUUGACUGAGUAUUUGAUAGUUUAUCUACGAGUGUGAGCUUGCCUAUUUCUGCCUAAUCAUGUACAUUAUCCACCAAAAAUUAGGUAAUCAUAGUUGAGGUAUGUGUCUGCUAUUUGCAAAGAAGUUGGUUGUAUUUUUUUAAAAAGCAUUUCACAAGAAUGGUUGUAAACAAAUCUACUUAUCCAGUUAUACCUUUGAAUAAAAACACCUCCUUUUAUUGUCUCUUUUCA